CGCGAUCGUAUCCCUUCAGACCCCCACAGUCAACCCCACUCAUCAUUGAAACCGGCUCCUCGCGGUGCGUGCAUCGUGCGGUGCAUCGCGACAGCAAACAGCGUGUGCCAUGUGUAUAUACGGCCCGUGUCCGUGCGCGCGUUGUUUGCUGGCCGAUGCACCGCAGAGGAUCCGCGCUCCGGAGGAGGCUCCCCCUGUUGACCUUUACCUUGUGAAUCACAAUUCCACAAAACGCGCACCGCGUUCGUUGCUAAGGUACCCUCAUCGAGGAGAUCCCCACGCAGGAUCACAGCAAGCCCAAGCAAUUGCUAUCUCAUCCCACCAUCGCAUAACCGAUGGAUUCCAAAGCUGAACUCCAAUUUGAGUACCUCCCUUUCAUCCGCACCUACAAGAGCGGCCUCGUCGAGCGCCUCUGCGGCACCGAUAUCAUCCCCGCCACCACAGACCCUGCCGCCGGCGUGGUCUCCAAAGAUGUCAUAAUCGAUUCCGACACCGGCAUCACCGCCCGCCUCUUCCUUCCUACA